UUUAUUUUGACAAUUUGCUCUUUUAUCUUUGUGUAUUUAUUGUAGGCAUCGUUACAUUAAUUUAUUGGUCAUUUAUGGACCAUUUAGGUAACAUUGUAAUGUCAGUAAAACAUCUUUGGAGGAUGAAUUGGACCUUAUUAUAAUUAGCAUCGUGGAUUAUUAUCGAUACAUAGCCUACGUUAUGUAUAAUCCAAAUAACGUCCUAUAUUUAAUAGCCUACGUAUAUUUUUAUAACACGAGACUGUAUGCACGUAUUGUUUUUAAAGCAAGACAAACAACGAAAUCACAUUCUGUCGGAUUAGUUAUCAUAACUACAUUAUGAUAGCUAUUAUAGCCAAUUAUGUGCUGUAUAUUAGUGUAGCCUGUGAUUGAGUGACUGUAGAUUACCUAGGUUAAUGUAUUCUACGGUGUAUAAAAUGAAAAAAAAUAUAUGAAGCUUUUUUAAAUAAAUGAUUAUUUGUAAAGCAGUAGUACGAGAAGGGAUUGCCCGUAAAAUCAUAACUUUAUAUCACCUAACUUACCUCUAGAUCACUGGGGUUGUGAGAAUUUCUCCCUUGCGUGUUUGUGUGUGUUUGUAUGUAAAAUGUAAAUCCUACUCUGCAGUCCUGCGCCAUAAUGAAAUAUAUGUCUGCUUGCUGAUUGGAUGAGAGUGGCCAGGCCUGAGUCACAUGGGGAAGUUCUUUGGUCCAGAGUAAAAAUGGGGUUCGGUGUAAAUCUAGGGUGUAUUGCUGUCAUAUAUCACGCUACGUCGUAAAAACGACACUGAGGAUUCUUGGCCAACAAAUCAGAGAGAGAAAAAAAAAAUGAGUUCUUAUUAUGUGGAUGGUCUUCUUAACAAAUAUACGGCGGGUAGUUCUCUCUUCCCAAACGUGGAGCGGGCUUCUUGUAGUAUUGGACCCAGUGGAGAGGACUAUGCCUCGACUCGGACUGCUGCGGCCAUCGCGUUUGCACCGUCUCUGUCUGGAGUUUACAGCGUCAAUAAUGCACCAGUGUACCAGAGCCGCCCCAUGUUUACCUCAGGAUAUGGCAUGGGACAGGACGCGCGCACUCUGCACUGCAGCCUGUUUGACCAGAGCCGCCUGUUCACCGACAGCUGCUGCCAUCCGGAGCCGGGUCCCCUCACCUCGCCGCCGGACAAACAAUACCGGAUGUACCCCUGGAUGAGAGCAUCAGAUCCAAACCGAAAGCGGGGGCGGCAGACCUACUCUCGGUACCAGACCCUGGAGCUAGAGAAGGAGUUCCACUUCAACCGGUACCUGACCCGCAGGCGGAGGGUCGAGAUUGCCCAUGCCCUCUGCCUCUCAGAGAGACAGAUCAAAAUCUGGUUUCAGAACCGCAGGAUGAAGUGGAAGAAAGACCACAAGGAGGAACCGGUGUCGACCCCCGGGGAAAAGGACGGUGAUAUUCUGGCAGUGCCAGAAGCCGGAGAGCCCGAAGCUGGAGACAUCCGGAGCGCCGGUUCGGAGUCAGAAACGCCUGCAAUGUAACGAAAGACCGGGACAAAGAAUUAAAUCAAAGAAACGCGCUGUUUAGUAUAAAUACGGGAUACAUCUCAGAUGUUUCUCACAUACCAUUC